CUCCGUACUUUCCAGUGUUGAUCAUUCAUAACUCUGGUUCCCGCAACAUCUUUAAUCCAUUUUCUCCACCUAAACUCUAUCGGUCAAUGCUCAAAGAUCAACGGAGAGAGAAAGAAGAGAAGAAUGUGGUUGUUUAGCCGAAAAGGGUCGUCUGGAUUCUCAGGAUAUUCGACAGCUGAGGAAGUUACUCAGGAAAUCAUUGGCAACGGUCUUACCGCCAUUGUCACAGGAGCAACAAGUGGUAUUGGAGCAGAAACUGCCCGUGUGCUUGCAUUGCGUGGUGUUCAUGUUAUAAUGGCAGUAAGGAAUAUGGCUGCGGCUAGGGACGUGAAAGAAGUAAUGGAAAGAGAUAUCCCAUCUGCGAAAAUUGAUGCUAUGGAACUAGACCUCAGCUCUAUGGCUUCUGUUAGAAAAUUUGCUUCAGAAUUUAACUCUUCAGGUCUUCCACUUAAUCUGCUUAUUAACAAUGCUGGCAUAAUGGCUACCCCUUUCAUGCUUUCCAAGGACGGGAUUGAGUUACAAUUUGCCACCAACCAUUUAGGACACUUUCUUUUGACAAAUUUAUUGCUUGAGAGAAUGAAAAGGACUGCACUAGAUAGCAAUAGAGAAGGAAGGAUUAUAAAUGUGUCAUCACGACGCCACCAGCUAUCAUAUCCUGAAGGAAUUCGUUUUGGCAAAAUAAAUGACCCCACAGGGUAUCACAGCUUAUCUGCCUAUGGUCAGUCAAAGCUUGCAAAUGUUUUGCAUGCUAAUGAACUUGCUAGGCGUUUAAAGGAAGAUGGGGUGGAGAUAACAGCCAAUUCAGUUCACCCAGGAGUUGUUGACACUGAUAUUUUUCGCCAUCACAGCCUUUUUAGAGGUCUAGUUAAUCUCGUUGGCCAAUUAAUUGUCAAAAGUGUACAACAGUUGGCAAGGAAGCAUACACAUGUAUCAGUUGGAUUCAUUUCGCAGGGUGCAGCAACAACAUGCUAUGUAGCAUUACACCCCAACGUGAAAGGGGUUUGUGGAAAAUAUUUUGGUGAUUGUGAUAUAACCAAAGCAAGUUCACAGAGUAACGAUGCUGAUCUAGCAAGGAAAUUGUGGGAUUUCAGCACAGAUCUUGUCAAGUGAAUUACCUUGUAUAGAGAGUACUAAUUGAAAGUGGUAACUAGGUGUUUUAAAGGAGAGGUGUAUCUCAUGAUGACUCUUUUUUUCUUGUGUACCUUUAAUAGAUUUUGUCAUAGCUUGCAAGGGCAGUAUACAAUACAUCAUACUCAUAUAUACUUAAGCAGGUAGUUUGGGUUAGACA